AUGCCGUUGGAGAAUGCCCAAGGUCGUCAUGAACGAGAGGAGAAGUCCAGUCUCCAGUACCGUGAGAAUGCUGAAGCUGUCAAAGACUCGAAGGAGCUGGGCUAUCAGCCUAUCUCUAGUUCUCUACCUCAUAUUGCCGGGCACCCCUAUGAUUUGGUCCCGGCCAUGCCGACCAUUAGAAUUCUGGAAACCUUCUAUCACCACAUUGUGUCCGAGCAUGGUCCUUUGUUUCUGACUGUCUUCAAAGAGGGAGACAAGUGCAUCAACAUCAGCCUUCAGAAUCACAUCCGCAGCAUAUACAAGUCAUCCGUAUUUAUCUUCUUCAUAUCCACCACCCCGAUGGACAACAACAACAGUCCAGAGAUCUUCCACGCCCAAGCCCGCCAGGCCCUGACCACAUUAUGGCGGGACGUGAGCCCUGACAGCAUCCAGUUAAGCCACGUCUGCGGCGGCGCCAACAACCGCAUCAUCGGCGUCACCCGUCCGUCCACCAGGGGAGACGCUCAGAAACCCGACCGCUUCGUUGUCCGGGUCCCGAAUAUAGACGUCGGCUUCCGAGAGACGGUCGCCGCCUUCCUCUUUGCAGACCGCUACACGAAACUGACGACGCCAAGCACCAUCCACUUCGACCUCGGGGACCGCAAUCCCUUCGGACAACCCUAUCUCGUCCAGAAUAGACUCCCCGGAACGCCUGCCGCCGACGUCCCCUUCUGGCGCGACCAUAGGCGCAAGCUCCGCUUCUGGUCCGACUACGGCGCCGUCUUCCGCGAACUGCUGCAAGUCCACAGCAAGAUCAUCGGCGUCUGCGACUUCAGCAUUGUCGGGACCGGCGUCCCGAGGGUGGACAGCCGCGUCGGGGUUCGGGAGUACGGCACCAGGACGGUAUCGCGCCACGUCCCGCUCCCGAGCGUCAUGCCCUCCUCCACGACAGCGAUCCGGGACUACCUCCUCAGGAACUACCGAACCAGCAAAACUACUUUGGCGACUCUGGCGAAUCGUCUGUGCCGACCCUGCCAGCCGAUCCGCCUGGCGCACGUCGAGGCCUUCACCACACUGAUCCACGAGGCGCACAACGACGGCUUGUUCGACGGCAUGCCCGUCACGAUGCGCCACGUUGACCUGUGGCCUUCGAACGUCCUCGUCGCGGAGGACGGUUCCAUCACGGGCGUGCUGGACUGGGAUGAGGCGAGGCUGGAGCCCGCCUUUACGGCGUGUGACCCGCCCGAGCUGUACUGGACUCGCGGGAUGAACUUUUGCGACCAGAAUUCCCAGGCCCAGUGCGAAGAUUUGAAACGAGCCUUCUUCGACUCUGCCGGAGCGGAGUUUUGCCGCUUCGCUCACGACGAGGCCUAUGAAUUGUUGAGAAGAAUCGCCGGGUUCACACCGGUGUAUUGGUGUCGUUGCGACGAGUCCCGCUGGCACUAUGACAUGGAUGAGAUCAUCCGUGAUUGGAAUGAUAUCCGCUUGAAGCGGGUUGGCAGGCCUUCGGAGGUCAAGGUUGUGGUGACCCAGUAG